AUGAUGAAGGAACAUUGGGUCUGUGUUACCCAUAUGGUCAGUGGGACAUGUUCCUUACAAUUAUGAAUUUAAUGUUAACAUGUAAUUAAAGUCCUGUUGGGACUAUUUAGUUACAUGAAUGUUUGAAUCUACAUGUACUAAUAAUGAUGAAGGAACAUUGGGUCUGUGUAACCCAUAUGGUCAGUGGGACAUGUUCCUAUUAUUAUGAAUUUUAUGUUAACAUGUACAUGUAUAUCAAAAUCUGUGUUGGUAUUCGCUUAACUAUCAGGUCAAAAUACCAAGUACAUGGUUGAAAUCAUCUGUUAAUGCAAAAGUUAUUAUGAAAAAAUGCUUAUGGGUUAGGCUAAUCAUAUAUGUGAGAGGAUAGGAUUCAUACUUAUUAUUCUUAUUAUAUAUUUAGCCAUUAUGCCACCCAAAAAGAGAGCCAGGAGAGAUGAUGUGGCAACGGGAGGAGUACCACCACCAACACCACCAACUGAAGUACAUAAUGGGAAAAAAGGGCAAAAAAGAACCCGAAAACAGGCUGUCAAUGUGCUAUCAAAGCUUGAUUAUGAACUUCUGGCAAAAGAAAUUGUAAACCAACAAAAAGCUGCUAGUGAGAAACAAAACAUCGGUGAAAGUGUUGGGCAACCUCCAAUGGUGAAUUCUGUUGAGGAUACUGCACCAGUAAUUGGGGAAGCUAUACCGGCCGCUGCCUCAAUUCCUGCCUCUGCGGCUGCCACAAUUCCUGCCUCUGCACUGGGAACAUUACUGGAUAAUGUGUUCACAGGUGAGCCCGCAGGCAAUUUAUCUCAGAGUACUGGUAGUAGUUUUGCAUGCUUUAGUAGCCCUCAAAUUCACUUAUCAGAUUGUGUGCCUCUAGGGGCAUCAGUUUCCUCCAAACUGAAACUUAAAAUUUGGAACAAUGAAUUUGUUGACUUAAAAAAUUUAUUGCCGACCUCAGGAGAUGAACCCCUUUCAAUUGUGGUACAAGCGGGGAAAAUUGAGCUACUACAAGCGGCUUCACAUAAAACACCUAUUACAAUCCAUCAAUGGACAGAUGCUUUUCUGGUAUUCAGUACAAUUUACUUACAGAAAUUUCACCAUGAGGCAUGCAAUCUGUUAAAAUACAUGUUUACAAUUAGGGAGAUUCACAAGCUUCAUGGGGACCAACCCUGGAGAAUGUAUGACGAGUCAUUUAGGAAAAUAGAGAGACAUCCCUCCUGCCGUGGGAGAGAGUAG